AAAGCACUUUCUUAUCUAGCAUUCUGAACAGGCUGCAGGCCCCUCACCGUUCAACCAUGGACAGUCCUAGCUCUGAAAUGUAUGAGCUGUUUGGCGAUCUUGAACGUUAGUUAACUGAUUUGUAAAAGUGGGGUAAUUCCUUGCACCACCUGCCUCCCGGGGCUGCUGGGAGGAAAGGGCUUUAAAGAGCUGUGGGACGGAGAGUCCUGCUUUAUUGGUUUCGUCUCCUGCCCGCUAAGCGUCAGCCGUUCCUCUCAGACCCCCCCCCUCGAGUUCCCAGAGCAGCCGUGAAAGGGAAGGCUCUGGGGAAAGAGGGAAGCAUCUCCUGCAGCCUAACGCCUACGCUGUCUAGUUAAGAACCGAGACUACGGCUCCCAAGAAGCGCCGCACGGAUCUAGGCCAGGGCGCAGACUCCGGCUGCGCUCAGUCUCCUGGGAACUGUAGUUCCGGAGAGCCAGUCCUCCCUAACGAGGGGAGCGGAGGGAGCGCUGCGGUGCGCUUCUUCCUGGGUAACGUAGUCCGGCGCAGCGUGGGGCGGCUUCUCCGGCGCCACAGGCAGCUUCCCGACGUGGCAGGCUCGGCUGCUGAGCUCAGGCUUCGGCCGCGUUCUUCCCCGGGGAUCUCGGGGUUCUCUCUCGCGCCCCAGCACAGGGGGCGGGGGCGGAGUCCGGCUGAAGCGUCGGGUUACGUGCCAGAGGCCCCGCCUCCAAGUCCGAGGACCCCGCCCCGAGUCCCGGUGGCUCCGCCCCCUAGAUGCUCCCAGGUUCCCUCGUGGGAACCCCGAACAGCUGGCAGGAAGCGCCAAACUGCUGUCCUGCUUCCAACCCCCGGGGAUCAAUCAGGCCGAGGAGUUAAUUAUGUAAUUAGGGAGUAGGGGGCCAGAGCUAAUGAAGCCCAGCCGUCGGGCUGGCUGGGGGGGCCCGGGAGAGGGGGAGGGAGGCGGGCUGACUUGUUGGACAGAUGGGAUUGGGGCGGGGGGAGCCCGGGCCUUCCCAUCUGGGCCCCAUGGGCCGUCCCCUCCUCCCCCCGCCGACUUUUCCCCCCUUUCCUACAUCCUGCACCCCCAGCCCUGAAGGCCCCCGGGGGAGGAGGAGCUGUGAUCAGGGGCCAAAGGGGCUGAGCCCAGGGCUAUAAAGGGGGCAUCACCUGGCGGGGGCCUCAAAGCUGAGCAGACAGGACAAGACAAGACAGGAGGGGCUUGAGAUCUGCCCCAUGUACCAUCCCCGAGAGCUCUAUGCCCCCUUGGGGGCCAGCUACAGACUUCGGCCUCCCCAGCCUGGGGGGGACCUUGGUUUUCCAGCAGGGCUGUCAGAGGGGUACCGUUACUCAGACCUUGACACCCCUAAAUUAGACUGCUUUCUCUCAGGGCUGGAGGCUACUCCCCGGCCUCUGGCUGCCCCGCCACCCUUGCCUCCAUUGCCUCCUCCUUUGGGAGGAGAGUCGACUGCCCCUGCCUCUGCUUCUGAGGCCUCCCGCCUGUUACCAGGGGUCAGCCUAAGCCUGGAGAACCAUGAUUUGUGGAAAGAAUUCAGCUCUGUGGGAACAGAAAUGAUCAUCACCAAAGCUGGGAGACGAAUGUUCCCAGCCUGCCGAGUGACAGUGACCGGUCUGGACCCUGAAGCCCGCUACCUGUUCCUCCUGGACGUGGUGCCCGUGGAUGGGGCCCGGUACCGAUGGCAAGGCCGCCGCUGGGAGCCGAGUGGCAAGGCAGAGCCACGGCUGCCAGAUCGAGUCUACAUCCACCCAGACUCCCCUGCUACCGGGGCCCACUGGAUGCGGCAGCCGGUGUCCUUCCAUCGCGUCAAGCUCACCAACAACACCUUGGAUCCACAUGGACAUCUGAUCCUUCACUCGAUGCACAAGUACCAGCCACGGCUGCACCUGGUUCGGGCUGCCCAGCUCUGCAGCCGCCACUGGGGUGGGGUGGCCUCCUUCCGGUUCCCGGAGACAGCGUUCAUCUCCGUCACGGCCUACCAGAAUCCUCGGAUCACACAACUGAAGAUUGCAGCUAAUCCCUUUGCUAAGGGGUUCCGGGAGAACGGGAGGAACUGUAAGAGGGAACGGGAUGCCAGGGUUAAGAGGAAGCUGAGGGGACCAGAGCCUGUCAUUAUGGAGCCCUAUGGUGGAGAUGGCCCUGGAGGUCCCUGCGACUCCACAUUGGCUGGAGACCUUCCAGAACAAGCCUCUUCUUCUGCCGAGGUUCCCACACCUCCUUGUGGGGGGCCCAGUGCUGAGGCCUACCUUCUGCACCCGGCUGCCUUCCAUGGGGCUCCCAGCAGCCUCCCCACCAGGGCCUCUUCCUUCUCGGAGGCUGCAGAUCCAUUGUCUCGUCCUUCAUCUUACCAGGCACCCUUCCUAGAGCUGUCUCCAGGGAAUGGGGGUUCUGGUCCUGGAUAUCCGCCAGCUCCUCCAGCAUCAGCCUUUGCCCCUCACUUCCUCCAAGGGGGGCCCUUCCCUCUCCCCUAUGCAGCCCCUGGAGGCUACCUGGAUGUGAGCAGCAAGCCCCUCUAUUAAGUUAGAGGCAUCUACCACCAACUCUUCUUUGGAGCCUGGGUGACUUUUGGGGCCAUCUCCUUCCCGCACCAAAUGGCUGCUUUUGCCUCCUUCAUCUCAGCCAAGCCUCCCCCCACUCAGUUCACACUUCAGCUUUAGCUCACACCCCCCUCCUGCUUCAAAGCCUGUGGAGGUAGGCUGGGGGGAGACCAGCUGCUCCAGCUUCCCCUUCCUGGGCUCUCACCUGGGUGUGAAUGGAGGGUGGGGGCUGGGCCAGCAGGAGACCGGCCUCACCAAAAGGACAGGUCAGGGGCCAUCACCAGGAACUUUCAAGGGCAGCCCAGCUAAGGGAGUUUCAAGGCCUCUAAGGCCCUCCACCCCGGCUCUUCACCCUUACCACACCACUGCCUGACCAAUUUACAUUUACAUACCUUACCUCCAUGUGGGGAAAGUCUCCCAGGGAUGUAGAGCAGACUGUCUUCACCCCCACCGCCAAAUGUACAGUAAUUACUAUUCUUGCCAAACACCUUUGGGCUCCAGGCUUUUUUAUUUCCUCUAAAAUAAAACUUUUGAGUCAUUGUGUG